UCUACGGGACCGGUGUUGGGAUCGGAUAUCUAUGCGGGAAGAUUCUGUUUAUGCGUGUGCACACAUACACUCACACUGCAAUGUAUGUAAGUGCUCGACACUGUACGUGAGAGUGUGUUUUGGCAACAGAUUAACAACAACAUAAGAUAUUAGAUGAGGCGGUCGGGGCAAGGUUUUUCCUAAAAAAAGAACUUCGUACAAAAAACGGGUGCCAUUACCAACCACCACAUAAACCAUGUCAGACAAUUUCUUCAGCAAUUGUUUCGUCCUACCUUCUUCGUUCGUUCGUUCGUUCGUUCCCAGUUACAUAGUUACCGAUCGCAGACAGGACCAGUUAUGAAAAAAAAUUAUGUAUUCUGCUCCAUUACUUGUGGGCGACCCAAGAAAACAGAAAAAAAUGUGUCUAUACCUUCAUAUAGUCUUCCGAGUCGUCGCCUAGCGAGCAAAACAAAGAAAGGCCUUGUAAAAAUUAUGCUUGGGUAUAAUUUCGCCAAUUUAUACACAAUACAACUAAACUAAAAUUCUCAAGUGAAAAAAAAACCUAGGAAUGUCGUAGAUAUUCAUAUACAAAUGUAUUUUAUUUACUAGAGUGUUUUGGAUAUAAUUUACCUUAUGUUUGUAAAUACCUACAUAAAUAACGUUGUGUGCAAACUUAAAAUCAAGUGCGUACUUUUGUUUCUGUGAAUCGACAAGAAUUAUGUGCCAAAUUAUCUGAUUAAGAAGCAAAGCUCAUAUACAUACGUACAUAGCUACAUAAAAACACAUAGCUACAUAAAUUAUAAAGUCAUGUUCAAAAUACCGUAUAUACGAGCAUACAUACAUGUAUGUACGUUAUCGUGUAUUAGACAAAGCAAAAUCAAAAAUAAAGUAUAACAAACUCAUUCAACUCGGAGAAACAUUGCCUCUUGAUAUCCCUUGAAAUCUCUCACCACAGUCAAGAGCUGUGACUGCCAACAGAAAUGAAGUAGAAAAUAUUACCAAUACGACCAACGAAGUACCAAAAAAAAGAUACACAAAACCGUAAUCUGAACAUAAAACAAUUGCAAGAGAGAAUAGCCCCCCCCCCCUCCAAAAAAGAAGUAAAAAAAACCGAACACGCCUUAUUGGAUUAACCCACCAGACAUUUUCAUUUAAAAGAUGGCUUCCAAAAAUAACAAAUAUGCAGAAAGCGGCAGUAAGCGAAAGAGAAAACGAAUCUAUUGCUGGCGACUGCCAAAACAACCCCUGGACCAAUAUCAUCGUCAAAGUAAACGCAUUUUAUCCGCCAAUCACAUAGUAUACACCUCACCAAACUUUCAAGAUACCAUCUCUAAAUCCAUCGGUCAAUUCCACUGCCAUAAGCCAUCAAUUGACAAUAGAAACCUAAUAUCAUUGUCCAUUAAACCAUCUUCGUCUGCUAUGCGACGUCUCUCCACUUCACUACUAACGUGGAUAGCUUCAUAUAGAAUACUCACAACCUGUCUCUUGAUUGGAGUACUAAGUCCAUCAGCUGUACUGAGUGUGGAUCCCAAAUUUGAUCCAUCUACUCGUAUGCGUUUAGUUUUAGUACCUGCAGAUGCCCAAGUCGGCUCUGUGAUUUACAGGCUGAGGGCCACAGACGAGGAAUUCGAUUAUCCCCUGACGUUUGAGUUUGUGGGCGAUGCCUCGUCAUCGACAGUCAAGAUCGAGUCGCUACCAUGCACCAAGUACAAUUCGGUGUGUCAAGCUAAUGUAGUUUUACAACGACGCUUGGAACCCGGUCGAUACUAUGACUUUCAGGUAUCGGUGAAGGACACUAAAGGGGGAAUGGCGACUCAAUUGUGUUCAAUAACAGCUACAAACUUUACAACACCCCACGAUCUUAUUUUCCCUCACAAGCCAGGCAUCAUUAUGCUUCCAGAGGAUGCCAAACGGGGCACAGAGUUGGACUAUGUGAUUGCUCGAAAAAAUCCUCUUUUUCAAAAGCCAGUAUACCUCGAGUUAUGGGGAUCACCUUUGUUUGCCAUAAGACAGAAAAUUGUUUCUCCUGAAACGACAGAGGGAACUAUAUUUCUGCUGGGUCCGUUGGACUUCGAAAAACAAGCCAUGUACCAUUUAACCAUAUUGGCCAAUGACGCCUAUGCUGAGCCUGGUCAAGAUAGCCGUAAUAUUGCUGGUAUGGAAAUUGUUGUAAUUAUACAAGACGUUCAAGACCAACCUCCCGUGUUUACGAUGGCCCCGCCAGUUACGAAAUUGCCAACUGGUAUACUGCCCGGAGACAAGAUUCUUCAAGUCCAUGCUGAAGAUGGAGAUAAAGGUAGUCCACGAGAAGUUCGUUAUGGCUUGGUGUCUGAAGGCAACCCAUUCACAUCGUUCUUCGACAUAAAUGAUACCAGUGGUGAAAUAUUUCUAAUGCGACCUCUUGAGGAUAUCGCAGCCAUAACGCAUGUGGGCGAUCCCGUCUUGCUCACAGUAAUCGCAGAAGAAGUGAAGGUUGGUCGUGACGAGCCCCCUGCCAUGGCCUCUACUGUUCAAUUGGCUUUCUUUUUGCCGGAACGAACAAACUCACCCCCAUAUUUCGAAAAUGAUCACUACGUAUCGAGAGUAGAUGAAAAUGCACCUCAGGGUACUGCCCUAAUAUUUGUUGAUCCGUAUGUGCCGCGUGUUUACGAUGAUGAUACCGGAAAGAAUGGAGUUUUCUCCCUGACAUUGCUGAAUAAUAAUGGAACCUUUGAAAUUUCACCGAAUGUUGCUGAGCGCAGUGCAUCGUUUCUGAUCAGAGUUCGCGACAACAUAUUACUGGACUAUGAGGAAAGGCAAACUGUCGAAUUCCAGAUUCUAGCCCAAGAACUGGGACCUGCAACAAAUCUAUCAGCCACAGUCAAUGUCACUAUAUAUUUGAACGAUGUCAACGACAACCCUCCGGUUUUCUCUCAGCCAAUGUAUACAGUGGAGUUACCAGAAAAUAUAACUGUGGGCACUAAGGUGGUUCAAGUGCAAGCCGACGACGCAGACACCGGAUUAGGAGGGCGAGUGCGUUAUACAGCCAUCCUUGGAUAUCUUAAUACCUCUUUAAAUCUGGACGCAGAAACAGGACUUAUAACCGUGUCGACAAAUAAACACGGGUUCGACAGAGAGGUCAUGCCCGAAUAUCAUUUGUAUGUUGAGGCUCGGGAUAAUGAUGGAACGGGCAAUAGAGCUCAGGUUCCGCUCGUCAUCAAGUUAUUGGAUGUCAACGAUGAGACACCAACGUUUGAAAAGGAUGUCUAUGAAUUUAUCUUGGCGCCGGAUUUAAAGAGCUUCACCACCUCCGCAUUUAUACAUGCUGUUGAUAAGGACGCCACGGCGCCCAACAAUGAAGUUCGGUAUGAGAUAAUAAACGGCAAUUACGACAACAACUUUGAAUUGGAUGAACUGACGGGCGAACUGACUGUUCGAGAGAAAAUCAAUUUCAGAUCUAAGAAAGAAACCACACAACGACAACGACGACAAGUGCCUACUCCGUCUCCACAGGACCAGAACAUCUUUAUUUUGACAGCUCGGGCAUAUGAUUUAGGUGUUCCGGUUCGCUCCAGUACCACCACCAUACGCAUUUAUCCGCCAGAGAGUCGCACUCGUGCUGUAACAUUUGUUGUGCCCGGUCUCGAUCCUGACAAAUCCAAGACGGAGGAAACCCUGUCCACUAUAACCGGCGGAAAGGUAAUAAUCCAUGAAAUCAGACCCCUAAAGCCGGACGAACCUGGUGCUCAAAAUAUUGCCUCUGGAAAUCCCGACAUCAAAGACCGAAGUGUGGUCACCGCCACGGUUCUUUACGACAGUUCCUCCAUAGUUGACAUUUCACAAAUUCAGCAACGCCUUUCGCAACACAACAGUUCAUUUGCCAUAAUGACGGGCCGAGAAAUGGGAACGAGUGAAACCGACACACUGUACAAGGCAGAGAAUAAGCUCCUGUUCUGGCUGUUAAUUCUUCUGGCCACUUUGGUUGCGCUAACAAUUCUUAUACUACUCUUGUGCUGCAUAUGCUCCUGGUGUCCACUCUAUGGAGCCACAAGCAAAAGAAUAGUUAAUAUCAGUAGAACUGAAGACGAUGUUCAUCUAGUGCAUAGGGAAAUGGCAAAUGGAAAACAAACAAAAUCUGUUCAGGUCGCCGAAUGGAUGGGAAGGCGCGAGGCCUGGUCCGCGGACAAACCGACAGAUCCUAGAACGAAGCCUACCCGUUGGGAAUUCCACAAUGGCCGCCAGCAGUUUGACGAAAACAUAGGUGCCAUUCAUGUCACGGACGUAGGCGAUGCUCGCAACCAUUCUGAGGAGACGCGACGCAUACGUUCAGCUGACGAGAACCAUAGAAGAGUUAAAAUAAAGAAUACCCGUGCAGCCAAAGACGAUACUCAUCUAAGUUUCCAUAAUUCUAGAACUAAUCUUAUUAAUGAUCGUGAUGUCUACAUUGAAGAUGUUAUAGAUGAACGCGAACUGGUUGAUGAAGAUCACGAGCACAUCAGGCGUAGUAAGGUAAAUCGACAACACCACAAACGUUACGACAGCGAGGAGAUGACCCAACGCCAACAACACAUUGACGACGACUCCAUGAGGCGUCAUGAAAUUGACAGAGGCAGCGACAUUGAUUACAAUACCGGCAGAAGCAGCCUAAAAAAUAAACGGGAAUUUUUCAUAAAAGAUGGCAACAUUGAAAUACUGCAACUUAUGACCAGGGAUAAGACCCGCGACGGCGCGGCUGCAGCCGAUGAUGACAAUAUAUAUGUAAAUGUUCCGCUAAAAAAUGCAAGUUUGUCACAGCCGCAGUUGCUUAUGGUUGACAAUAGCGGCAAGGAGAUUCUGAUGAGACGUUUUAUAGAAGAACAGCCUGAUGGCAAGCAAAUCAUCCGCGAACAUUACCAAAUCGUCCCAGGUGCUACGUACAUCCAAUCUAUGCCGAACGAAAUCCAACAGAACUCAACUCUGAAAGGUGACACUUUUCCGCUGGGUAAGUCGGGGCCGAACAGCAUAGUUUACUCCCAAACGGAGCCAGAGGUCAAGGUUAUACACACACAACCCGCCCAAGGUUCCAUUGCGACCCUGCACAUGGACGGCUUUCAAAAUCAAAUGCAGCCAGCCAUCUCCAACCAAUCAUUGACGCAAGAACUUGAAAAUUCCCUUAAACACCAGAACGAGCUGCUGCGGCAAAUUCUCUUAGAAAAGGAGAAGAUUGAAACGCGUUACGUACAUCACGAUGUGGCGCUCGAGACACAAAGCCUACCGGGACAGUCAAUGGCAAUAGCAACUCAAACUGAAUGUGAGAUGGGGACUCAAACGGAGGUAUAUGACGAGCAUGUUCGUAGAGGGUCCUUCGACGUUCAUGGACGCACUUUAAGGAGAAGAGCACGCAGUGAAAACGAUGAUUCCGCGUCUGAGGACGACGAUUACGAGUACAUUCGACUUAGUUCCCCCAACAGUCCGGACGGUGUUGUGUACUGCAUAAAAAGAAGGAAACAACGCCGGCGUAAUAAAUAUCGUAAUGGGAGCCAGCCCCGCAGGCGACUUGUAAUGGUGGAGGAGGUGAAACGCAAAAUUAGAACUCCAAUUAAAGAGGAGGACGAUGAGGAAUACUAUAAGGCCCGCAAGAAACCAACGCCAAAAAAACCACCGCGCAAUAAUGGUGACACAAAGGCCAGCAUCUUGCGGCGUCUAAAGAUUGAGGAAAGCGUAAAUAAGAAAAGUUCUUCACGCCCGAAAAAUGAACCCCUGAAUCGCGAUGUCCUCAUAGAAAUAUCUGACUCCCUUGAUGAGAAAUAUAGCUCAAGCGAACAGCAAAAAAGUCGAAAACGUCGUAUGGAAGAGCUACAGUAUUACGAAAAUACGGAUGGCGACGACGACUACGACCAACAUGAGGUGGAUUUUUCUAAUGAUUCAGAUGCCGGAGAAAUUGUUAUUAAAACCAAUGACUAUUCAUCCCACCGCCACAAAUCGGAGAGACGAAAACCGUCCUCGCAACAUGAACACCGUUUCGAAAUCCACGUGGGCGAAAACACAAAAAUCGAAGGCAAUGGUCAGACCAAUUCAGUGUCAUCAUCAGACCAACGAGGUCAUAGUAGACCGGAAGCAAAGCCCAGACUUUCGCGCAGCGAUAGUUCCCGCGGCAGUACCAAUUCCCAACGGCAAUUCAAUAAACGCAAAGAAACUAGUUCCGAACCUCCGAAAAACCGGGUAUCCAUAACAAAGUAUGAGUCCAAUGGCGAGAUUGGAACCCUUAUAUCAACUACUGAAGUGCGUGACAGCCGUGUGACACAAAGUGAAAACGAUUUACUUGAGCAUGAGGAAACGUCACAUAGUAGACCACGUGCCGGAAGCGUACCCAAGUACAUGGAAUGGUAUUAUGAUAAGAAGAAGCCUCCUGCUGGCGGUCGUACAUCUACAGAAUCAUCAGUCAAAGGAGCACCAGCAACGCGUAAAAAACCCGUUGUUCCAAACGCUGGCGAGAAGAAGGUGUCGCGAACUCGUUUGCACAUUAAGCAGGCCGACACCAGUCAACACGAAGAACCCAAGUUCAAACCCGAACCAGCUCCACGAAAGUCACCACCGAAGGCUGCUCGCAUGCUUAAGGAGGACAUUGUUAAGAAUAAGCAGUUGCAACCACGUGUCGAAGCAGAGUCCAGCCAUCCAUUACUUCAACACUCUGAGCAUCGUUUUGAACGAGAAAAUGCACCCGAAGUGUCAGUGCCACCAUCGAAAUUACCUCACUACAUAUACCCCGAAACCCCGCCAACGUUUUCCUCGACUAAGACCAAUACGAAAAACACAAAGCCCAAACCGUCGCCCAUUAAAGAGAAUGAAGUUAAAGUUAAUAAUGCUUCCAAAAUCAAUCUGUACAUUGAAGACCCCAACUCUACACAUGCGCCAACAGUAACGACAAAUUCUUCCUCCACAUCAAUACACAAACAACUCAAUGCCGCAACUCUCGAAGAUGAUUUGGACUCAGGUAUUGCAAUGAACUCCCUCCUCAACAGUAUGGGCCGUCGUAAUCCCAUUGCCGAAAAGAAAAGUGUAUUCUCCAUAGCCUAUGAUGACGUCAGUCGCGUUCAAAAAAUCCCUUCAGGUGGCGACUCCCCUCCCUACUGACCGGAUAAGGAUAAUCCAACCCAACAAAUCACUGAUUAAGUUGCACCACAAUGUGAUAUUCCAAUUAUAAAUUGUUGGCAUUUGUAAUUUGUAUUUUAAACGCCACCCCACCCCGAUCCCAUUUGUAAGAUGUAUUCCUCUCAUCUAUAUUUCAAGCUUAUUACAUUAGUUCAAACAUGCGUUCAUUUAUUUAUAUUUAUAGGUCUGUAGGAUUAUGUAUACAUACAUACAUGUGUGCUCAUUCAAAUAGUAUGUAAGAUAUUUAAGGCAACCGAAUAUUAAUUCAUCCCAGUGCAUCCCAUUUGUGUAUAUACCGAUCUAUGUAGCCACAUACGGCCAGUACGAAAUGCUACUCCACAUAUAUAAUGACUAUUAGGUCCAUUGCUAUAAGAUUUCUCUAAAGUUUAAUUGAAGUCAGGGACAGAGCUAUGUACCCUUCACCAUAUACGAUUAUUCGAACUUGCUGUUGACAUACAUAUAUUUGCCCCUUUGUAAAGAAUAUGGCAAUGUCAAGCCAAAAAAAAGGUGUACUUGUCAAGCGACCAGGCGAAAUCGUCUUUAUCCUGUUCCAGAAGUCACAUCACAAUUGAAUUAAACAUCAACAUUUUCAAACCUUUUCUGGCAUUCACUUCUGCAGCUCAAGUGUAUCGACUACACUCACGGGGUUUCACGUUAACACCUUUUGGUGUGUGUGUGUGUGUGUGUGUGUGUGUGUGUGUGUGUGUGUCAGACAAACUGAAAAUUUCAUAGUGAGAACCGAGUAUAUUCCGGAUAACGAACAUUUUUCGUCAAAACAUGAAUAUGAGCGACAUAUGAUAUGUUUUUAAGAUGCACGCACAUUUUCAAGCCAACGUAAUUUUAAGUUCUUCUGCAAAAUUGUAUUUUAUCUUGAAAUGUCAAAACUUAACUUUCAAUUUGUAUAAUGAUAGAAAUGCCUGUGUGCCGAACAGUGAUGUGCUUUUCAAUUACAAUGAAUCUCCUUUUUACGUAGUUCUAAAUUAGUUUUGAUCCAUUUUUUGGAAAAUAUUAAAUCAAUCCUAAAACUUGGAUUGAAUUAAAUUCGCUGUAAAAUAUUAGUUCGUAUCUGGACACCCGCUGUGGCCAAUAAAUAUAUUAGGAAAGAAACAUUCCCUUCAUCUAAACAAACACAUUUAUUUAAGGAACUGUUAGAAGAAUGAAAAUUGAUUUAAUGGUCCAAAAGCUUCGUACUUUAAACUAUCAGAAACUUGCAAUAAUGGUCCAUAGUGUAAGAAUAAUUAAUUAAAAAAAUAUAUAUGUAUGUAUGUAGUUGUAGAAUAAAAGUAUGUAUCACCUAUUAUCGUUAAACGCAGGUUAAAAGUGAUUGAAUGAAACAAUAUUAAGUUAUCAAUCCAUCAUAUAAUCGCAAUAUGUACAUCUGUAUAAACAUAAAUAAAAUUACAAUAAUAUUCAAAAUAA